AUGAACCUUUUUUUUGAGGUAUUUGGGUCACUUGAAGAAUUGAAGAAUUGGGUAUACAAAAGAGAAGUUGCGAAAGGUUACGUCAAUGUCACCCAACGAACGAGGAAAAAAGGCGAAGGUGCGUCAGCAAGGACAGUGAAGAUAUGGUUGCAAUGCGAUCGUGGCGGCGAACACAAAAGUAAAGCAUCCGUUCGGCGUUCCGGUAGUAAAAAGGUCGGCUGUCCUUUUAGUCUGAUAGGGAAACUAGACUCAAGUAGUGGUAGUUGGAGCCUUGUGGAGAAGAAAAACAUUCACAACCAUGAGCCUGCUGAAUUUCUCGAGGGCCACGCGUUUGCUAGAAGGCUGACCCCGGACGAAGAAUCACUGGUGGAGAGACUUUAUAUGCAAGACAUGGAGCCUACAAAUAUACAUUUAACCAUAAGAAAUCAGUACCCACAUAGCGUGUGCAUUCUACAAGAUGUACAAAACGUGAUUAAAAAGAUUAAACGAAAAUGUACGGCGAUCGAACUCCAAUGCAGAUAUUGGAGAGCAUGUUGCAAGAAGAAAGAUGUUCUGGAUUAUUUUUAUGAUGUGUGGCUGAAAGAUUAUAAAGAAAAGUUCGUUUCAGCUUGGACUAACACAGUCCCUAAUUUUGGUCAACAUACAACCAACAGAGUUGAAAGCCAACAUUCUAAGUUUAAGAGAUACAUUAAAGGGCCAAACAACUCGCUCCAUAGACUUGUGUGUCAUGUUGGCAAAGUUGUAGAGUCACAAAAGAUACAAAUAAAACUUAGUUUUCAGGAGAGCAGGUCCGUGCAAAUGGGGGACCACAUAUUUCCAUUUUUUGACAACCUACGCGGUAAUGUUUCCCAAAAAGCCUUAAAGUUAUUGGUUGUCGAGUGGAAGAAGCUAAAUGUGUUGAGGGCAGGAGUGGGGACUUGUGACCACCAGCUUUCUACGGGUUGUGGGUUGCCAUGUGCUUGUCAGAUGGAGUGGUGGGAAAAUACAGGUUGCAAAAUUCCACUUGCCGCGAUAGAUAAAUUCUGGACAAAACUUGAUUUUUCGACAGAAGAACUUAAUCAAGACGAGUGUAAUGUUCAGGCGGAAAUGGAUAACCUCACACAGCAACUACAUACGCAGCCACCUCUAGUGGUAAAAAGUAUGUUGUCGAAGAUGAAAGCGGUGUUGAAUCCAAGUAUGACUGACCAUCAACCGCCUGAGGUACAACAAGAUACUAGGGGUCGCCCAACUACGAAAGUAAAACAACAAAAGAAUAAAGAUAAACAACCUGAAUCACAGAGGAACGAAUACACUCAAAAGCCAAAUGUGCGACGUAGUCGUUCAAAGAAAACCAAAGAAGAAAAAAAUACACUUCCAAUUAUAGAUAAAGACUUUCCACGGUUGGCCGGGCACAAGUACAAAAACGUGAUCGAGCGUUUUAAGGAUUGGCUUCCAUCUAGCUAUCGGAGAUACAUAACGCAUAUCGAAGAGCCGGACGGUAACUGUGGGUUUCGAUCCAUAGCUAUGGGUUUGGGGUAUGACCAGAAAGAGUGGAAGUGGGUCCGCCAAGAGCUACUCGACGAGAUGUUCAUUAACAGAGCGUUGGGGGCAUAUACUCGAAUCAUUGGGCAAGGGAUGUUACGAUAA